CUUGGCUUGCAAUGAAUGGAACGCAAGUAUGCCACCUGAAACAGGACGGUCACCAUUAACACCACGGAACUAUGAAUCUGGAUAAACCCCUUGAGACACCUUAGGACUCGACAAGAAGUUUGCCUUUUUGAGGGAACUGGCAACAGUGUCAGUGGAAUUUUAUCUCCCUUGACUGAACUCUUCAAAUUUAAGGAUGCCAGUUUUGAAAAGGGAACAAUCAAGAGACAAAGAAGAUCCCAGUGGCCUGCCUAAACUCCCAGUGCCUCCCCUGCAGCAAACCCUGGACAAGUAUCUGAAGUGCAUGAGUCAUCUGGUACCAGAUGAAGAGUUCCGUAAGACAAAGACUAUUGUAGAGAAAUUUGGAGCACCUGGUGGAAUGGGAGAAUUUCUUCAGAGAAAGCUACUGGAGAGAAGUGAACGGAAAGCCAAUUGGGUGUAUGACUACUGGCUAGAAGAUAUGUAUUUGAAUAACAGAUUAGCACUACCUGUCAACUCCAGUCCUGUUAUGGUCUUUCCCAAGCAGAACUUCAGGGGUCAAACUGAUGCCCUCAGAUUUGCUGCCCAUCUCAUUUCUGGCAUAUUAGAGUACAAAUCUCUCAUUGAUGGACAUGCUCUCCCUGUAGACUAUGCUCGGGGUCAGCAAGCUGGGGCACCUCUAUGUAUGGAGCAGUAUAACAAGGUCUUCACCUCCUACCGUCUCCCUGGGUCAAAGACUGACACUCUAGUUGCUCAGAAGAGCACUGUAAUGCCUGAGCCAGAACAUAUAAUAGUGGCUUGUAAGAAUCAGUUUUUUGUUCUUGACGUGGUAAUAAACUUCCGCCGGCUUAAUGAAAAAGACCUUUACACUCAGCUGGAACGAAUAAGGAAGAUGUCAGACAGUGAAGAGGAGCGUCUGCCUCCUAUUGGUCUCCUCACAUCAGAUGGCAGAACAGAGUGGGCCGAGGCACGCAGUGUACUGAUCAAAGAUUCUACCAACAGGGACUCUCUAGAUAUGAUUGAGCACUGUCUCUGUCUGGUGUGUUUGGAUGACCCAACUGGCAUUGAGCUUACUGACACCAGCCGAGCAUUAAUGAUGCUCCACGGAGGGGGCAAUGACAAAAAUGGGGGCAACCGCUGGUACGACAAGCCAAUGCAGUUUGUAAUAGGUGAAGAUGGAUGCUGUGGUGUAGUCUGUGAACACUCCCCUUUCGAAGGAAUAGUGCUUGUGCAAUGUACGGAAUAUCUACUGAGAUACAUGAGAGGCAGCCCUUCAAAACUGGUGAGAGCAGCCAGCAUGAGUGAGCUUCCUGCCCCUAGACGACUGCGCUGGAAAUGCUCACCAGAAAUCCAUGAUUUCCUUCUGGCAUCGUCAGAUAAAUUACAGAGACUUGUCAAAAAUCUGGACAUGAAUGUCCACAAAUUCACUGGUUAUGGCAAAGAGUUCAUCAAGAGACAGAAAAUGAGCCCUGAUGCUUAUGUUCAAGUUGCCCUGCAGUUUGCAUUUUACAGAUGUUAUGGACGUCUAGUGCCAACGUAUGAGAGUGCAUCAAUACGGCGCUUUCGAGAGGGACGAGUUGACAACAUUCGCUCUGCAACACCUGAGGCCUUAGCAUUUGUGGAAGCUAUGACUGAUAGCUCUAACUUCACAGAUGCUGAGAAAAUGGAGACGUUUCGGACUGCCAUAAAAGCUCAAACCAAUUAUACAAUUCUAGCAAUCACAGGAAUGGCAAUAGACAAUCACUUGCUGGGACUGCGAGAGAUUGCCAAGGAGCUGAAACUCGAAAAGCCUGAGCUGUUUUCUGAUCCAACCUAUGUCACCAGCAACCAGUUCAUUCUCUCUACAAGCCAGGUCCCAACCACUGAGGAGAUGUUCUGCUGCUACGGUCCUGUUGUCCCUAAUGGCUACGGAGCCUGCUACAAUCCUCAGGCGGACCACAUUAUCUUCUGUGUGUCAAGCUUCAGUGACAGUGCAGAGACCAGCUCAGAUUUGUUUGUGAAGGCUCUUGAGGGGUGUCUAAAGGAAAUGCAAGAUCUAUGCAGGAAAUGCCACAUUCAACCUACACCAGCUGACUCCACAGAAAAGGAAGAGGGAACCCCGAAGGUAGUAAAGAAUGGAAGCAAGUCAUAGCAAGAAUCAGGAGCCAGCCAUUGGCUCAUCCAACUGUACAUGUUUGAGCCAUGUGCUAGAUGCAAGCACCAUUGUGAUUAAAUGAACAGUGUUCAGAAUGGGAGGGAUUUGAGGAGUUAAUAUCUAUAGUAUGGGCUUGCACCAAGAUAGUGAAGCUUAUAAAUCAUAUAUACUGUACAAACACGUUUGCUGGUGUCAGAAAGGGUCAUGUUGUCAAAUAAUACAGGGUUGGUUAUGGCAAGAAUAAGAAUAAUGUGUUGCUGCACAACCAAGCUGGUUGUAACUGUGUAUAGCACAUUGAUAGGAACACGGAAACCGCAGAAACAAUGAGAAAACAUUGAUGGGUUAGGAUACUAAUCCCACUGCCUCCUAAAUCCCAUCCAAACCAGCUGAGUGCAAAUUGUCUAAGAGUGUAUUAUAAUUGGCAGUGUCAAACGCACCUCUAAGAUUGAAUAAUACCAGCACUGACAAUUGCCAGUAUUUACUUAACAUCAUUAAGUAUCUGUAUGAAGGCUGUCUCAGUGUUGUAGUAAGAAAGCAGACUGGAAACUGCCCAAGUAGCCAUUUGAGUUUAGAAUUUGAAUUUGUUCAGCUGACUGACAACCUUAUAACCUAUUAGAUAGUGCAAUACUUGUUUUCUAUGCAUAUAAUGUUAUAAUUUUGAAAAUACAUUAUAUAGCGGUUUACAAUCUAUCUCAAAUUAUUUUAACUGUCAUGUCAGAGUUACAAUACGGUUAUGGAUGUUGUGAAGAUUCUCUGAAUGAUGGCUCUAUACUACUGGAUCAGAAGCUGCUGUCUUUGUCUUUGUCAAAGGUAUAUCUGUUUAGGAAAAUAUAGCAAAAUAGGUCUAUUUUUAGUCUGCAGCAUUCAUAUUAUAGUUUUAAAGUGCACUGUUCUGUAUGUUCUAUACAUUUCUCAAUAGGGAAUAUUCUGAAAAGCAUAGACUGAGAUCCUAAAAAUAAGCUAAGCUAGUGUGAGUAAUAAACAGUGUGCAUACAUUUUAAAAAUACAGUAUAUUGUCUAUUGUGUGUAAGCAUGGUGCAUGAAUGUUGUAUGUGGUUCCAUUCUGUGUGUCUUGGUUUCCAAUGCAAUAAUAGUAACAGGGGUUUUGAUUUCCAAUGCAAUAGUAGUUUUUACCACGUUUAUCACUUUUAAGCCAUGAUGAAGUUGUAGUUAUAUGUGAAAAUAUUCUUCUAUGACUAUUAAGAAUUGACUGACAGGUAUUGCACAGUAUAUAUCUUAACAUCAAAAGAGUGUUAAACAAAAUGUAAGAAAAAUACUUCAUUUAUUUAUUUAUUUGCUUAAUGUACAGACGAAAAAUGGGAAAAUGUUUUAAUAUUGUGAAACUGAAUAUUUCUUUAGUGUUCGUAAUUAGAAUAUACUAUGUGUUGUGUUGAUAGUUGUAACCAUAAUUGUCAAAGCAGAAAAAACUAAAAACUAUUUUUAGCACUUUAUAACUAAAUUAAAUAUAAAUAUAUAUAUAUAUAUAUAUAUAUAUAUAUAUAUUGCUUUUGAAAUAAAUUAAUUAGCCAGUUGAUCAUGUUACAUAUAUAUUAUAUAUUGAAUACUAGAUAGACUACAUAUAGUACAUAAAAAAUGUAUAUCCUUAGCCCAAGUAUUAGUAACAGGAUGUGUUGUUUGUACAUUAUAGCCUCAUGUUAGGCAUGGAUACUGUACUUGAGGAUGGGCAAUGUUAACCAGAAAAUAGAUGUGAAAGCUAAAAUGCAACAGAAUGUACUUUGUUAAACUGUUGGUGGAGUGCUUAAACUGUAAUGCUCUUACUUUGAGAUAUUUAUUUUUCUAAGUUUGGGUUUUAGAUAUAUGAAAAAAGAUAUUUGUUCUAAUUAUGAAUAACACUGUAUUGUAAUUAUGUCAUUAAAACUACUAAACAAAAAAGCCUAAA